AUGCAAAGAAGAGUUAGUAUUGGUUCAGAGAGUGAUGGAUCAUCUUCUGAUGAUGAUGCUCCAAAGGUAGUGGUGACAGCCAAGACUACCCGUCUUGGUUUGGCCAUUGCCAAGAACAAUAACAACAACAACAAUUCUAAAAUCAAAGAAUUGUUGCAAGAUUUAGAAGAGAGCGCCAACAAUGAUGAGAUUAGUGAGAAGAGUGAUGAUAGUGCCAGUGACGAGGAGGGUCCAAAGCAACCAGCUGCUGGCCGUACCCAAACCAGAAUCCAGGUCAACCUCAGCAAGGUCAGGCCACCACAUCAACAGGCGCCAAAGAAGCCAGCUGACCCAGAUACAGAGAGUGAGAGUGAGAGCGAGAGUGGUGAUGUCGCUGCUCCAAACACUGCCAACAAUAAUGUUAUUAUUGAUUUCAACAAGGAACCUGAUCGUACUGGUGGCGGUCUAUUCCGUAAUCCUCACACUGAUGGCGAGAAUCAGAGCGAUGAUUGGUCCAAACUCCAAAACGAAAGAAAGGUGGCCGAAAUCAUGGCCGCUGCCAACUCGCAACCAGACAAAGAGCCCAUGCAUCAAGGAAUGUUCCAAUGUCAGCACACAAACGAUGAAGGUCAUGUCAAGCCAUGGGAGUCAAAAUACAUUGACUUGUCCAAGGGUGGCAUGAUCAUGAGGGAGUCAGCUGAUGAUAGGAUUAUUAGAAGUAAUAUCCAUCUCUAUGAUAUUGUAUUCUUUGAACUGGCCACCGAUCAGAUCACCCCAGAGCAUGCCUUUGUCGUCAAGUUGAGAACUCGUUACAAGACCACAUGGACCAUCAUCCUGGACUCCAAGGCCACACUCGACUAUUGGACCGAACUGAUCAACACUAACAAGGGCAGGAUGUCUGAGGAGGAUUGGGAGAAGCCUGCGCCCGUCGCCGCACCCUACCGUCCCCCCGCCAAAUCAGCCUACACUCUCAAGACCUUCUUUGCCAACCGACGUAUGUUUGGUGAGAUGUGGAUGGUAUGGCUGUUCUUUGCCUACACCGCCAUGCUGGCAAUCCUCAUCGCGCUACUCUGGACACUCUAUGUCGCGCCCCUUAAGGAUAUGAAGACACAGAGCACUCAAUGUUAUGUCAACUCUCAAGAGGCAAAGUACUUGUACAAGCAGAACUAUAACUUGGAGAUGAGCGUCACUUACACAUUGGUUCCAGACAACUGGACUGUCACACAUGUGAUGAAUCAGUACUGUGGAGGCUCGCAAUGUCCAAGCUACAUGGUCAGCCACUAUCCUUUGCACCAGUUCACCAAAUGCUACUACGAUAUCCACGACACAUCGUUCGUAUACUUUGAGCUUGGUCCACUGUUGAACAGGAGAUACGCCAUCACCUUUGGUGUCUGGGGAGGUGUCCUCGCUCCAUGGGUCAUCUUCAUUCUUACCAUGUUUAUGGUGCGUCGCAAAUGGUUCAAGAGAGUCAUCAAGAACUCUUGUGGUUGUGGAGAGGCAUGA